AUGUACGAGAUGCCUGCAGAUCUCAAAGACUAUGUAGGUCAGCACCACAUGCCACGCCCUAUCGGGUUUAAAAAGAAGGAGCCAGAGAUCAAACCUUACACAUCUGCUUUACUGCAUCCUGUAUCAGCGUCUCAUCCUUCCAGUUCCCAGUGUGUGUGUGUGUUUUCAGUAGACAUGGAAGCCAGAUUUGUGGUGUUGCUUGUGCUCCUCUGUGCUGUUGGCCAUUUCACUGAAGCCCAGAUCCUCCCAUCAUCAGCGCUCAAUAGCAACAUCACUCGUACCGGGUGUGGCAGCAGCAAGCUGUGUGUGUCCAAUCCAUUUAAGUGCACACCUUCAACCACCUCCAGCUGCUUUUUCAGCUCCACACAGCUCACUAAUGCAGUACUGACCGUGGAACUCACCGGGCUGGUAACAGGAUACGUGGCGUUGGGACUGAACCCCUCCAACAACGAAACCCAGCAAUUAAUGGGACCCGUGGUGUUCGUCUGUGGCAACAAUAACAGCAAUUUCUUCUUCGAAACAGCUAACCAGUCCGGCCCAGUGCUGACUCCUAAUGUUGUGACCACAAAUGUAACUAGUGUUCAGGGUUCAAUCACAGGAAACCUCAUCCAGUGUACCUUCAACAUCAGCUUCAACUCCACCCUCCUCACUGCUGCAGGUCAACUGCCUUACAAUGUCUCCAUCUUCAAUGGAACCACAAACGGAACCGCCCUGGGAAAUGCAACUACAGUGUUUCAAUCCUUCAAAUUCCUGAACCUGGCAAAUGCCAUGAGCAACAUUCCAGCUGCAGCGACGUUCAACAUCAAUCGUACCGGCUGUGGCGUCAGUAAGCUGUGCAUCGCGACCGGACCGAAUUGCGACCCUUCAGUGAGCUCCAGCUGCUUUUUCACCUCCAUUCAAGCCACCAGCCAGAACUUCUUGUUUGAGCUGAGCGGCACGACGUCUGGAUUCGUGGCACUGGGACUCACUCAGCAGGGAUCCAAUGUUGUGUUUGUCUGCGCUAACAACAACAGUUUUAACAACAUCGAGUACUUCUUCCUUCCGGCUACGAAAGUGGGCAAACGUUUGUUACCUGUGAAUGUGGACACUGUUUACAGCAACCAAGGCGUAGUGUCAGAAAACAAGAGUCUCAUCCAGUGCAUCUUCAACACCAGCUCCAGUUUCUCCAACGUCAGCAUCAAAGCCGACUCUGUCUUCACUGUCACCCUCAUGAACGGAAGCACCAGCGGAAGCACUCUGGGAGAUCCAGACACACAACUGGAGCUUAGAGUAGACAUCUCCAACGUCACCGCCCUGAACAACAGCAACCGCCACGUCAUCAGCCUCUGGACCAGCGUAUUAGUGCUGCUGAUCAGCGCGCUGACUCUCCGCUUCAUCUAGAAACCUCCUGAUGUCAUAUGAAGAUGUGAAAUGAUAAUUGUGUGUGUGUGUGUGUGUGUGUGUGUGCACGUAUAUGAAGCCAUGGUUAAUGAAUUGGCGGAACAUGACAUCAUGCCUGUUUUUAUUUUUGAUCAAAGCUCCGAUUUUCAUACGUUCUGAUUCGUUAAAAGUAAGUUGCAGGUUUUCUUCACUUGAAAUGAUUUAGAUAUGAUUAUUAAACUGUACACAAUGCUCCAUUCUGCCUUCAUGUAAAGUUGAAAUCAGAGGACAUGCAUUAAUGAUAAUGUGUUAAUUAAAAGUCUACUUUCCACAA